CCCCUUGCGCGCGCCCGCUGCUCUCUUCACGGAAAAUAAAAUAAAACCCUGACUCGAGAGUACGGAUAUAAGGAGCAUCAACCUAGUUGUAGAAACAAGUAGGAAAGUUGUUAAUUCACGAUGAAGGACCGUACACACGAGCUAAGGGUGGGGAAGGAGACUGAGGAAGAAGAUGAUGUGGCAGUCAACAUGGAAAAAGAUCGAUUUAUGGAUGAGUUCUUUGUACAGGUGGAGGAGAUCCGAGGCUUCAUCGAGGAGCUCUCAGAGAAGGUGGAGGAGGUGAAGAGACAACACAGCGCCAUCUUAGCUGCCCCCAAUCCUGAUGAAAAAACGAAGGCAGAGCUGGAGCAGCUGAUGACGGACAUAAAGAAGUUUGCGAACAAAGUGCGCUCCAAGUUAAAAAGCAUUGAACAGUCCAUAGAGCAUGAGGAGGCUUUAAGCAGGUCGUCUGCAGAUCUGAGGAUACGUAAGACACAGCAUUCCACGUUGUCUCGGAAGUUUGUGGAGGUGAUGUCAGAGUAUAAUGCCACGCAGUCGGACUACCGGGAACGCUGCAAGGGCCGCAUCCAAAGACAACUCGAGAUUACUGGUAGGAACACAACUAAUGAGGAACUGGAGAGCAUGCUGGAGAGUGACAACCCUGCCAUCUUCACAUCAGGGAUCAUCAUGGACUCCAACAUCACCCAGCAGGCCAUGAAUGAGAUUGAGACGAGACACACUGAGAUCAUCAAGCUGGAGAACAGCAUCAGAGAACUUCACGACAUGUUCAUGGACAUGGCCAUGCUGGUGGAGAGCCAGGGGGAGAUGAUAGAUCGUAUAGAGUACAACGUGGAGCACUCAGUGGACUAUGUAGAGAGGGCCGUGUCUGACACCAAGAAGGCAGUGAAGUACCAGAGUAAAGCCAGGAGGGUAAGUCAAAUACUGUCAAUGUGACCUGAUGCGAGUGUUAUCGUUAGAUAUGACUUAGAUGCGACGUGGCUUGACGUGAGGUAAGUUGACGUGAGGUGGCUUGGUCGGCUGUGCAUGUCUUUCCCAAAAUAAAAGAUUCAGUGAGAGAUAAUUGACUCAGGCCCAUAGGUCUUGCUCUCUCUCUUUCUGUCUCUCCCGCUCCAUUCAGUGGUUCAAUGAGAAGACUGUCACACACAGCAUACAUUACAUUUUAGAUGUCUCGUCCACCCCCUUGUGUCUGAACAGAUACAGUGCAGGAUGGGAUGGGACCCUGCUCACAUAGAAGUGAUGCUUGUACAGUUGUUGUCUGUGCAAUGGGGAACCGUGCCUGUCCCUUCAUAUUGGUCACACAGCCCUCUGCCAGCUCCUAACCAGACUAAACAUUGGACCCACAAACGCACUUUUAAAGUGAAUAUGUCACGUAUUGACAUCAAUUGAUCUCUGGAGACCUCUGUGGAAAAAGCUACUAUUAAUUUCACCUCUUCUGUUUUGCUCAUCUCCAGUAGUAAAUAAAUCUGCAUCUAGUGUUUAUAGGUGGGUAAAUUAAACAGUCACAAAUAAAGGUGCACAAACUGUUUACUUGCAUUUACCCUCAACCCCUUUUCAACCCAGGCAAACCAUGCAUGACCUUAUGUGACAUGGUCUCAUUGAAGUCCAUGUGUCUAUAUACCCUCAACACUGCUGCUGUGACAGAACAGCAUGAAUCUCCCCAAGCCUACUGGUAUCUGCUGGGUUACAUCUAUUAUUCAACUAUCUCUCCUACACACACUGUAGAACUUACCAUUACGCACAGAUCUAGGAUCAUCUUACUCUUACCAACUUCUGAGCAUUGCUAUCAGAGAGAAAAUGUGAAACUGACGUUAGACCAGCGUAUAGGCCGGGUAAACCUCAUCAUACUCCUCCCGAGUGACAGGCGGUACAAUAUUGCCACCACUUGGUCAGAUAAUAGUAUAGCAGGUCAAGGUUGAGAGAAGUUGCAAUUUAAACAGACAAUUAAAGUAUGACUCUAAUACAAAGCUCAUAUAUAGAGAAUAAAACCCUAUUCCAAUACAUUAACAUACUUUCAAAAUGUAUCUGUUUGCCUAAGGCUGUGAAAUGUUGGGGCAUGUGUGUAUUUCCUAGCAAUGUCAGUGUGUAAGCAUGCCCAUGUGUGUUUUACCUGUUGCACAUAACUGUGCUGUUGGCAAUAUGGUUAGUAGUAGUUCUGACAAUAACAUUUUCUUGACAUUUUGGUAACGCCAUUUCCCCCUCUACUCUUUCUUGCUGCCUGGAAUCCUUGUUUUAUUUCUAUUGACAUAAUGCAAUAAUGGUCAUGCAGAAGAAAAUAAUGAUUAUUAUAUGUUGUGUGGUUCUUGGUAUUGUUAUUGCCUCCAGUGUUGGUGGAAGUUUAGCAUAGAAGACACAUUAUACACAUAUAGACCCACAUGCGCACACACACAAAUAAAAGAUAGACAGUGUAAAGGGCAGGUGUAUUCGUUAUGCAUGAGUGUCUCUUGUAAAUAAUAUGUGGUUCUAAACGUCUUAUUGAUUGUUGGAUGUUGAAUGUUUUACAGUGACAUUUAAAAUGUAUUUGGGGUCUGAUUAUAACCGGGAGCGGGACAUUAGUGUUUUUGACAACAGUACUGUAACUCUUACAUUCCAAUUGAAAAUAACUUUUUAUUUUUUGUAUGUCAAAAUAAAUGGCCUCUUUUGAUGAGUGAA